UGGUUCCUUCAAGGCCGUAGAGCUGGCUGCCCAGGAGGAAUCGCCGAGUCAAGAAAAUCUUAGCAACACACCUCUGUCAACUGCAGAAGUGUAUAAGAUAAACUUUGUAUUUCCAAAUGGAGACAAGUAUGAUGGUGACUGUACAAGAACAUCUUCUGGAAUCUUUAAGAGAAAUGGAAUAGGUAUUCAUACCACUCCUAAUGGGAUUGUCUACACAGGAAGCUGGAAAGAUGACAAGAUGAAUGGUUUUGGAAGACUUGAGCACUUUUCAGGAGCAGUAUAUGAAGGACACUUUAAGGACAAUAUGUUUCAUGGAUUGGGGACUUACACAUUCCCAACUGGGGCAAAGUAUACUGGAAACUUCAAUGAAAAUAGGGUAGAAGGUGAAGGACAAUACACUGAUGUCCAAGGACUGGAAUGGUGCGGUAACUUCCAUUUCACUGCUGCUCCGGGCCUGAGACUAAAGCUCCACAUGUAGGAUAUCCUGCAGUAAAGUUUUAAUGUAGUAAUGAAAGCUUUUAGUUGUAAGGAAAACACUGAAAUCUGUCAGCUGAAAUAACUUCAUACCCUACCUCUAGAUCAUAACUUUGCCAAUAAAACCAUCACUCACACCUUUUAGAACUUGAUUUUCAUCAUCGUAUACUCAGUGUAAAAUAAAUUAUGUGAUUCCUUUUAAUAAACACAGCAGA